UCCUCUGCGUGCGGCUGCCGCGGCCCCUCCACAGCGUCUCUGACAGCCCGGGCGGUGCGACCCGCGACCCUUCUGGCCCCGCGCAGAUACCGCGGCCUCUACCGCAUCCUGAGGAGCGCCCGAGUGCCCUCUCUCGCCUCGGCGCCCGCAUCCGGGGCCAUCCGUCCCGCCGUCGCUGCGGAGGCCGCAUCUGGCGCGCAUCUGGAACCACCCGGCCGGCCGCGCUGGAGCCCGCGCCCACCCUGGCCCGGCCGCGCCGGGAGCCCUGCCCGGAGCUGGAGCCGCACCUGGAGCCGCGGGCCCGGGGCCCUGAGCCGCGCAGCCGGCGCAUGGUGAACUCGCUGCUGUUCGGGGAGAUGGCCUUGGCCUUCGGCUGCCCGCCGGGCGGCGGCGGCGGGGGCUGCCCUGGCGGGGGCGGCGGCGGCGGCGGGGCCGGGCCGGGUCCGUCGCCGGUGACGGCGGCGCUGCGGGACGACCUGGGCUCCAACAUCCACCUCCUGAAGGGGCUCAACGUGCGCUUCCGCUGCUUCCUGGCCAAGGUGCACGAGCUGGAGCGGCGCAACCGGCUGCUGGAGAAGCAGCUGGAGCAGCAGCAGAGCGAGCGCGAGCGGCGGCUGCGCUACAAGACCUUCUCCCGCGAGCAGGCCGUGCAGACCGGGCCCGAGCUGCUGCGGCCCCCGGCGCCCGGCGGCGGGCACGGCCUCGGCAGCGGCGCGGCGGCCGGCGUCAACGCUAAUGCCGUGGCCCUGGGCGGCCUGCCCCCCGGCGGCGGCUCGCACCCGCAGCACUACGGCCGCCUGCCCGGGACCAUCUGGAGCUACACGCAGGUGCGGCGCACGGGCGGCGGCGGCGUGGAGACAGUGCAGGGCCCCGGCGUGUCGUGGGUGCACCCCGACGGCGUAGGCGUGCAGAUCGACACCAUCACGCCGGAGAUCCGCGCGCUCUACAACGUGCUGGCCAAGGUGAAGCGCGAGCGAGACGAGUACAAGCGGAGAUGGGAGGAGGAGCUCGCCAAGCGCAUGAACCUUCAGACCAUGGUGGACACGCUGCAGGAGGCAGCACAGGAGGCUGAUGCCAUCCAGGAGGAGAUGAACGAGAAGAUCGAGCGGCUCAAGGCCGAGCUGGUGGUGUUUAAGGGGCUUAUGAGUGACCCCAUGACAGACCUGGACACAAAGAUCCAAGAAAAGGCCAUGAAGGUGGACAUGGACAUCUGCCGCCGAAUCGAUAUCACGGCCAAGCUGUGCGAUGUCGCACAGCAGCGGAACUCGGAAGACGUGUCCAAGAUCUUCCAGGUGGUCCCCAAAAAGAAAGAACGUAAGGUGGCUUCCGAUGAUGACAUCUCCGAGCAGGACGGGGAGGUGAACCGGUUCUCGGAUGACGAGGUCGGCUCCAUGAACAUCACCGAUGAGAUGAAGCGCAUGUUUAACCAGCUGCGGGAGACCUUUGACUUUGACGAUGACUGUGACAGCCUGACGUGGGAAGAGAAUGAAGACACACUGCUGCUCUGGGAGGAUUUCACCAACUGCAAUCCGACCAUCGACCUGCAGGGCGAGCAAGAGGAAAACUUGGGCAACUUGAUCCACGAGACCGAAUCCUUCUUCAAGACGAGAGACAAGGAGUACCAGGAAACGAUAGGUCAGAUCGAGCUGGAGCUGGCCACAGCCAAGAGUGACAUGAACCGACACCUGCAUGAGUACAUGGAGAUGUGCAGCAUGAAGCGAGGACUGGACGUGCAGAUGGAGACCUGCCGCCGGCUCAUCAAAGGCUCCGCAGACAGGAAUUCACCGUCCCCCAGCUCCGUGGCCAGCAGCGACUCAGGAAGUACAGAUGAGAUCCAGGAUGAGUUCGAGCGGGAGGCAGAUGUGGAGCCCAUGGUCAGCUGAUGACUGAGGCCCUGCCAGCCUGGUGGUCUUGGUGAUGGGGCCCUGCCACCUCUCCUCACGGGGCCAGGAAGGCCCCUUGGAGUGGGGUUCGAAGCCGCACCACACAGACUUUCUCUGCCCUCCCUUCUCUGGAGGCCCCGAGGGACUGCUGCUUCCUUCCUUCCUUCCACACCACCAACGGGUGCCCCGUCUCCAUCCCCCACCCACCCAAGGAAUGGUGCUGUCAAUUUCUAUUGUUCUCCACAUUACAAAUGCAGACUUCUGUGCGGACUUUGCAGUGUUAACUGUGCCUUCUCCCUUAAGCUGAGCCACUUUGAGCUCCAAAGAAUUAUUCCUAGCAGGUGUUUUUAUACAGAACUUUAAGGUGAGGGCCGGGCCGGCUGGCCGUGGCGUAAUGUGGUUUCUGCCGUCCGUCCCACCUGCUCCUCUGAUUGGCCAUGGGCUACGCCCUCCCUUCCCCCUGAGCCAGCCCAGACCGGCCUGGGGCUUGGGGUGCUCUGCCAACCCCCAGGAAGGAGCCGCUUGCCUCUGUGAGCUUUCUGGGCCUGGGUAGGGACCACCCCAAUUUUCUCACUCCCUGAAGGAGAGAAAGGUGGAAGGAAGGGAAGGAAGACACAUUUUAAUUUUUUGGGGGGAUCGAGUGGCAAAGUUGAAGGGACAAGGCACUGUGAGGGGAAUGCGGAGCCUCACUGUGUUUAAACUACUAUGCAAAAAACAAAACAAACAACAAAAGCAGCUUGCCUUAUUUCAUUGUGGAAGGCAGGACCUCUCCUGGGCUCCUGGCUUCCCCUUGGAGCUGGGAGGGAGGCCGGGGUUAGGGUGAUCUGUGUCGCAGCACUGACUGGGUAGCGUGGGUUUGGCUGAGGUUGGUCAGGAGGCCGGGGUUCCCGCAAGGCACUGGCCUGCCUGACCGCUUGCUGUCUUCGGGGCCUCUGCAGGUUCAGGGCAGGGGGCAAGGGGGUCUUUUAUUGCCCUGAUAACUUGAUGUUCUUCCCUCCGUCGCCAGUCAACAAUAGAGGGUUAGAGAUCUGUAAUUUCUCUGUGAGAAAGUCUGAAGGGGCCAGGCCCGGUCUCUGCUCCCUUCCACCCGCCUUGGGUUAGGACUGUCCGGCAGUUGCCCGCUUUUGGCCACUGGCAGGAGAGAGGCCUGCUGGGCUGCUGGCAGGGCAGGAGCUGGAGUGAGGGCCAUCCUCUUUCUGCUCCUGGACACACGCAAGCCUCUCUCAGCAAUUCCCUUGACUGGCCAGUCAGGGUGUUGAUCUGAGCCAGUAUCCCCCAAGACUUGAAUGGCUUGAGUGGGCCUGCAUUGAAGGGCACUGUGUGGCGACCCUCCCCCUUCCAAAUCUCAGCUUGGAGCCAGCUGAGCAGGCUUUGCUUUAUUAUUAUUUUUUAACCUUUUUUACCGACUGCAGUGGGUCUGUUGCCAAUUUUAAUUUUUUGUUGUCCCAGGAGCUCCCUCUAGUGGUAAAAGUAGCAAAAUGUGCCCAAGGACUAGAACUUGGGUCCCUCUGCCUCGUCUGGAGGCAGAGGAGGGGGCUCUGGGUUUGACUGGGAUUGUGGUCCCCAGAGGUCCAUGGCCUUUAAGGGUCUUCUCUGUUUUCUGUUUCCCCCACCUGUGUUACAGUCUUAAAAAUACUGUACAUAAUAGAUACACGUAGAGAGAGA